UUUUGACGGUAAACGCGGAAGUAUCCUAAAGUUGUUCCAUCCGAGCCUCCGUAAAGCAAACCUGCAGUUUGGAGACAAUUACACAGUCAAGUUACUCCUACGCUGUGUCGUACUUACGCAUUUGUUGCAAGAGCUCCCAUCAUGGCUUUGACUGGAAGAUGACCUGCAGCCUGAGCUUCUGACUGACAGACUUUCCGGUUCACUAGGUUACAUUUGAGGUUCCACACAGGGUGACUCAUGCUUUCUGAUGAGCUUGACUCUAAACCGGAGCUGCUCGUGCAGUUUGUGCAGAACGCAUCCAUCCCAUUGGUGCAGGGUCUGGAAGACUCGGAGUCCAAACACUCCUGCCUGCCUCUGCUGGCUCCUGCUGAGAGCUCUCUGUGCACCCCGCUGGAGCUCACAGAUGGAGGCCUGAGCCACGAGCCCGAGAGCUCCCCCUCCCUGACAGAGUUUGGAGGCGUGUCAGAGCAAAGCUCAUUAGUAGUCCAGACGCACUCUCACCCACAGGCCUCACCGAGUCCGCCGCCCAUCCUCCAUGACUUACAGCAGUCAGACAACACUUCCUACGUCCUGCUGAACCUUGCAAAAGGCAUUACAGCCUCCUCAGAGUCCCUGAUCUUCGCCGCAGAUGGCACUGGGGAUGAUGAAGAUGAGGGGGUCUCAUCGGGGGACUAUGGAAUAGAUGGCAGUGCUCCCUGGUAUCUGCGGGUACAGGAGCUGGCACACGACAGCUUGAUUGCCGCCACACGGGCUCAGCUAGCGAGAGAUGCCAAGGCCAGCCACGACGCCAGAGCUGCAAGCGUCACUAACGGCGACCACACACACAGUUUGAUACCAGACGGGGACAAACGAGACCUGCCUGCCAGAACGAGCCGCCCCCUCUCCAAGCAGAUCCUGCGCUGCUCGUUUGAGGGAUGCUGCAGGACAUUCACCUGGCCGGCUCAUCUCAAAUAUCACCUCAAAACACACAGGAAUGACCGAAUGUUCAGGUGCAGCGCAGAAGGCUGCGGGAAGAGUUUCUAUGUGCUGCAGAGGCUGCAGGUUCACAUGAGGACUCACAACGGCGAGAAGCCCUUCAUUUGCAAGGAAAAGAACUGUGGCAAGAAGUUCACCACUGCUGGAAACUUGAAGAACCACAGACGCGUACACACAGGAGAGAAGCCGUUUCUGUGUGAAGCAGAAGGUUGUGGGCGAUCCUUUGCAGAGUAUUCAAGUCUACGAAAACACAUGCUCGUACAUUCUGGUGAGAAGCCUCAUCUGUGUGGGAUCUGCGGGAAGACUUUUUCUCAGUCCGGCAGCAGAAACGUCCACAUGAGGAAGCGACACGGCGAGGAGGGGCUCAUCAGUGAAAGCAGAGAGACAGGAGAGGCUCUGACACAGAGCAGCCUCCUGGAGGCAGACGGUGAGAAUGGAGACAGUAUGGUCACCAUGACAACAACUGUGGAACCCAUGAAUCUUCACCAUGCAUGCUGAGAUCACCAGGCUCUGCAGACUCAGUGGUAGUUCUCUCUCAACCACAUGAACUGGUGACCAUGACAACGGAGGGCCAUGCAUAUGGAGAAGAUGUGGUUGCUCUGCUGUAGUCCACCAUCACAACAAACAUCACACCGCCUAUUUCAGCAGCGCUGGGCUGACGGCCACAGCGGACUACAUGUAGACAUCUAUUUGUAAAAAGACGAAUCUCACACCUGUAGACCUUGUAGAUAUUUGUAAUUAGCAACCAGUGAUGGUUUUAUUUUGAAAAGUGUGAAAU